AUAUACACACACGCGGUUUGGAGUUUUUGGGUGUGCACUGAGUUCGAUAAAGAAGAAGAAGAAGAAGAAGAGGAAGGAUGAGUCAGAUCGCGAGACGGCGGAGGAAAGGUCGUCCGUCGAAGGCGGAUCUGGCGGCGCGGCGGCUUAGUAGUUCGUCUCCUGGUGAAUCGGGAUAUGAGCUCCGGCGAGGUCAAAGGCUGCGAAAUGUGAGGUACAACUUCGAUUUCGACGAUUACUUCGACGAGGAGGAAGAGGACGAUGUGGAAGAGGAGAAGAGGAGGCAGAAGAAGCUCAAGCAAGUUCUUAAGCUCAACCAGAGCCGCGCUAGAGCUGACCCUCCGAUUAAGAGCCGAGCGCGUGUGAGGCACGCGUCUGAUUAUGAAGAUGAAGAAGAAGAUGAUGAUGAUGAGGAGGAGGAGGAGGAGGAGGAAGAAGAAGAAGAUGCGAGUGAGAAGAGGAAAGUGAAGAAGAGGAAAAUUAACCGUCAAGACCAAGAGGAUGAAGAAGUAGAAGAAGACAAGGAUAACGAUGUGGGAGAGGAAGAAGAAGAAGAAGAAGAUCAAGAUGAAGAAGAUGAUGAUGAUAAGGAAAGGAAGAGGAGAAGCGCUCCUGGUACCAGUGGGACUCAGUGUGAUCAUUCUUUAGAAACAACACCCAUCCUUGACAAGAAGCCGUUGGAGUUGAUCCUCGACAAACUUCAAAAGAAAGACAUCUAUGGUGUGUAUGCAGAACCGGUUGAUCCCGAAGAGCUUCCUGAUUAUCAUGAUAUGAUAGAGAAUCCCAUGGAUUUUUCCACAGUGAGGAAGAAGCUUACGAAUGGAUCAUAUUCUACAUUGGAAGAGCUUGAGAGCGAUGUCUUAUUGAUUUGCUCAAAUGCGAUGCAAUACAAUUCCUCAGAUACUGUGUACUAUAAACAGGCAAGGACUAUUCAGGAAAUGGGGAAGAGGAAAUUCGAGAAGGCAAGGAUUAAGAUUAAACGUGCUGAAAAAGAGCUUAAAACAGAUGAAAAAGUGAAACCUGGCAGUUCUGUGAAGAAGCAAGUGAGACAGCCUUUCAGUCGAAAUGGUCUAGAGCCUGUUGGUUCGGAUUUCUCCUCUGGUGCAAACCUUGCUAGUGUAGGAGCUUCUCAAAACGAGCCUGGUUCAACUCAAACUGGUGGACAUGAAAAGCACAGCUACAUGGAUGUGCCUUUUGAGGGAAACACAUCCGUUGUAGACAGUCUAGAGAAAGCAGAAGACUUAUCAUCUGGAAAGGGUCUCUUUGGUAAAUGUGGGAGGAAGCUGUCUGUUGUUGAGGAAGACUGCUCUGCAACUUAUGGAAAUUCGGAUCAGCAAGCCGAUAGAUCUGAGUCUAUUUUCUCAACAUUUGAGAGUGAAAUCAAGCAGUUUGUUGCUGUAGGACUUCAUGCAGAACAUGCAUAUGGUAGGAGCCUUGCACGCUUUGCUGCUACUCUUGGACCCGUUGCAUGGAAAAUAGCUUCUCAGCGAAUCAAGCAAGCACUACCUGCAGACUUUAAAUUUGGUCGGGGAUGGGUUGGAGAAUAUGAGCCGCUUCCUACACCAGUACUUCUAUUUGAAACCUGCACACCUAAAGAACCACCUAAAGAAGCAUCCGUGUUUUCAAAGCCCAAGUCAAAAGCUGCUGCAAAGAAGAAUGAGACACUGUUUAAGACUCCUCUACCUGCAAAGGAACAAAAGAGUAAUAGACCUGUUCGAGAUGGAAACCAUGCUAGCCCGUUUCCAACAUCUAUUGGGGCUGUGUCAGAAGGGAUUCCAUCUUUUGUUGCUACUCAAGUAGGAAACCUAAAAUCUAAAAGCCAGCAUGAAUAUCAAAAUCCUUCUCCGCUAGAUUUUGUUAAGCCUCAAAAUAGGAUAGCUCAGCAAGUAGAGCUGAAUUUACCACCACCAGCAGAACAAACCAGUUCUGCUUCUGCUUUUGUUUCGGAAAAUCGAAGCUUUGGAAAAUCAGAUACAGUGGCAUCAUACAGGUCGUCCAGUGACAUGAACAUGAUGAGGAACAUGACUCCUACAGAUUCUGAACAUUAUAAGCAUCGGAUGACUAAUAACGGGAUCUUCUCUGGUGGAUAUAGUAAUGGAAAAGUCUCUGCCAAUGUGAACAACAGAAUGUUUGAUCUAUCUUCUGAUUCUGCUAAUCAAAUGAGUCGCACAGCAACAACUUCACAACAACCCAUGAGACAACAGAGUCAAAGCCACGGGGAACAAGCACAGUUAAUGAGAAACUUCAAUGAGAAGGCUCGAACACAGCACAACUCCGCUCAUAAUCACCCUAGAUCUAAUACCACGCCUAAUGGUUCGUCACCAGUAUCCGCAAGAAGUGAAGAUUCAAGCAAUGCUUCCAUGGCAGCAGCACGAGCAUGGAUGUCUAUAGGAGCUGGAGGGAAUAGUAAACAAACAUUUGAAAAUCAUAGUAUUCCGAAAAGCAACCAGAUUUCUGCAGAGUCCUUGUAUAAUCCUUCAAGGGAACAACUUCACCCACAAGCUUUUAGACCGAGAGACCCCGAAGAGACACAGUUCCAUCCUCAAAGGAAUGGUUUCCCUUUCCAGACAUUUGUGCAACAGCCUGUCCACGGGAUGAUGAACGGAGGAUCCCAACCAUUUCAGAACAACCGACCAAUUGUUUUCCCUCAGAUGGCUCCUCCAACUUCUGAUUUUUCAAGAUUCCAUGUCCAGUCUCCAUGGCGAGGAGGCAUUACUCCUCAACUCCAGUUAAAGCAGAGACAAGAGAACCUCAAUCUCCCACCAGAUUUGAACAUCGGAGUUCAUUCGCCUGAUUCUCCUGCAAAACAGUCUUCUGGUGUCCGUGUCGAUUCCCAACAGCCUGAUUUGGCGCUACAGCUCUAAAUAAAACAGUCAUCAAGAACAAACCCAACCAUUUCAAGGAGCAUCUUGAGUACUGUCCCAAGCAGAUGUUAUCGCCACAGCCUUUUUUUUGCCUGUUUUCUGUGCUCAUCAUUGCAUCAGGCGAUAUAAGGCUGGAUAUGUAAUUGAUCGCUGUGGAAGAAAACCGAAACAAACAUAAACCCAAGACCUCUUUAGCCAGGUGAGUCGACAUGUUAAUCAAUAUCUUUACUUAGGCUUCUUUAUUUUUAUUUUUUGUGUGUGAUGUGGUUAGUUUUGGUUUGAGGUUCAAGCCGGUAAAGUGUUAUCAGUCUAGUGAUCUAAGAGUUGAAAUUGGAGAAUGUUUAUUGAUGUCGAAUCCCCGGUUAGCUAACUAUUUUCCUAACUUAGAUGUUACAAUCAAACCAAUCUAGUUCUCUAUUCACCUGAUUCCAAGAA